UCACACCAUCUAUCUGGCUGGCGGCAAUGUCGUUCUGCUCGACAAGAACAGUGAGUGUAAAAGUCGAGUAUUCAAAAUGCGAAUGCUGACCAUCAGACUUCAUGGGAGGCAACUCCACAAAGGCCACAUCCGGUAUCAACGGUGCCCUCACAAGGACACAGGUUGAUCACCAGAUUGGCGACAGCGUCAAGCAGUUCUACGAGGACACACUGAAGUCUGCGCGCGACAAGGCGAGGCCGGACCUGAUCAAGGUCCUGACCUACAAGUCCGCCGCUGCCGUCGAGUGGCUGAUGGAUGUCUUCAACCUCGACCUGACGCUCGUUUCUCGUCUCGGCGGCCACUCAUUCCCCCGCACACAUCGUGGUCACGAUGCCAAGUUCCCCGGUAUGGCCAUCACAUACGCCCUGAUGCAGCGGUUCGAGGAGCUGGCCGAGGCCGAGCCCGAGCGUGUGCAGCUCGUCAAGAAGGCCAAGGUCACCAAGGUCAACAUGGACGGCAACCGCACCACCGGCGUCACCUACACAUUCGGCGGUGAGGAGACCACUCUUGAGGGUCCCGUCAUUCUCGCGACCGGUGGUUACGCUGCAGACUUCACAGAGGACUCGCUGCUGAAGAAGUGGAGACCCGACACAUUCGACCUGUCCACCACCAACGGCGCCCACGCCACCGGUGACGGCCACAAGAUGCUGAUGAAGGUUGGUGCCCAGGGCAUCGACAUGGACAAGGUCCAGGUCCACCCCACGGGUCUCGUCGACCCCAAGGACCCCACUGCUAAGACCAAGUUCUUGGCCGCUGAGGCGCUCCGUGGCGAGGGCGGUAUCCUGCUCAACAACAAGGGCCAGCGCUUCUGCGACGACCUUGGCCACCGCGACUACGUGUCCGGCAAGAUGUGGGAGGAGAAGGAGAAGGGCCAGUGGCCGAUCCGCCUCGUGCUCAACUCCAAGGCGUCGAAUGUGCUCGACUUCCACACAAGGCAUUACUCGGGCCGCGGUCUGAUGAAGAAGAUGUCCGGCAAGGAGCUCGCCAAGGAGAUUGGCAUCAACCCCGAGCAGCUCCAGGAGGAGUUCACAAGCUACAACGCCAUUGCCAAGGGCGACAAGAAGGACGUCUGGGGCAAGAAGUACUUCCACAACCUGCCGUUUGACAUCAACGACACAUUCCAUGUUGCGCUGAUGGAGCCCGUUCUCCACUUCACCAUGGGCGGUAUCGAGAUCAACGACCAGGCGCAGUGCCUGAACGAGCAGGGCAAGCCGUUUGACGGCCUGUUCGUGUGCGGUGAGCUCGCUGGUGGUGUCCACGGCGCCAACCGUCUCGGUGGCUCGUCGCUGCUCGGGUGUGUCGUGUACGGCCGUGUUGCCGGUGACUCGGCGUCCAAGUACCUCUUCCAGCAGGCACUCAACAACGCCGGCGGGUCGGCCGUGUCGCGUCUCGGGCAGAUCUCGCUGCACAUCGACCCCAGCACACCCGGCAAGAUCUCGGUGGAGUGGGGCAGCGGCGGUGCGCAGGGGCAGACCGGUGUCGACAAGGUAGCACAGCAGUCGCAGAUCUCAGCGGCGCCCGUCAUGUCGAGCGACGCCGACUCCGCGGACCCCGGCAAGGUGACCAAGCCCAGCCAGCCGGCCAAGUUCACGAUCCCGGACAAGGAGUUCUCGCUCGAGGAGAUUGCCAAGCACAACAAAAAGGACGACCUGUGGAUCGCGGUCAAGGGCAUCGUCAUGGACGUGACCAACUGGACCGACGAGCACCCGGGCGGCCCGCAGGCGCUGUUCAGCCACAUGGGCAAGGACGCGUCCGAGGAGUUUGAGAUGCUGCACGACGACGAGGUGAUUCCCAAGUACGCGCCCGAGAUUGUCAUUGGCAAGGUCAAGGGCCAGGCGGUGACGCUCGAGUACUAGGAAGGAAGAAGGGGAGGGUGUACUGUACUUCUAGCAUGUCCGAAUGAUAUCCUUUGCAUGAUCACGUACUGCAUCUG